UGCCUAGGACACUAUGCGCCGAUGAUGGUGUACGAGGUGGUGGUGGUACAACGUUACGAUACAAUACGUCGUUGGGACGUACUAUACGAAAAGAAAGAGGGUGCAAGGAAUUGUGACGCCGUAGUCAGAGCAACCCGUCGAACAGCGGCGUAUCGUGUAAGCAGUAUUUACGGAGCAGACCGCGAGCUAAGGUUGUUCUAUUUUUCGAUUCGCUCUUUGAUUUGUUCUCCGAUCUACGUGUACAAUUCUCAGAGAGAGAGAGGGAGAGAGAGAUGUUCAUGCGAAAAAAUGGAGUGUCUCUAUUUUGGGAAUCGGAUUGGUGGCGGUGACGCGCAUAACCACCACUGUAAAAAUGUACACAUGGCGGCUGAUGCACUUUUCUUGCACGACCUUCGACUUGUUCGUUAACUUGAAGAAAAAUAAUGCUCGUCAUCGUCGUUGUUGACACGCCGUGGACCGAUAUAACAAGAAGAGGACGAGAACGAACAAAGGAAUCAUGAAUCAGACACACAUUUAUGAACCAAAGAAUAAAAAGAAGAAAGAAAGUAAAAGAAAGAGAAAGAAAAAUAGAAAUUAUCGAUCAGAGAAAGUGACAAAUUUGUUUUUAUUUCCUAUUUUAUCAAAAUAUCCUGAAUUCGUUUGACGUGAUCGAAUCUCGAGUAGAAAAGAUGCUCGUUGGCUAGUGGGUCGGUUGAUAAAAAGAAAAAAGUGAGAGAGACCAAAAAAAAAUAAGAGAAACAUUGAACGAGUACUACCGGCAUGGCCCUGUUGUACGAGAACGUGCGACCUCCGACAAGUCUUCGACUUCCCCGUACGUGACUCAGGAUCUUAAGAAUCGAGAAUCUCGCGAAGGAUGAGCGCCAAGAUUUCACUUGGCGGUCGCAAUGCGAGCGACCAGUCAACAGUGAACCAUCGGACUGGUAAACCAUCGACGGGACUACUUCUCGCAAGACCAUCCUUUAAAAGACCCCCAUCGUCGAGCACAUUAGAGGUGAGUGGCAUCGAGGAAAGAACAGUCAAACGACGAGCAACCGUCCCUAAAGAGGAAACAUUGCCUGAAGGCUCCAACGUUAGGACGAUAACGACUACGUUAGUGGACUGUGAAGACCAGAACGAGAUGCCAGCCCUUACGUGUGCUUAUACUACUGCCACUUUACCGAGGUUUAAGAAAUUUCGACAUGGCGUGCUGUCUUCGGGAAGGAGUCUCGAUGUAAUUGUACCAGAAAUCGCUGAUAGACAGGGUUAUCGUCAACGUCAGAAACAAUUGGAACUUCCUCUAGAUCGUCGGUAUCAACAACAACGAGAACAGCAGUAUAAACGAGGAAUAGGAGGAGUUGAAGAAGAAGAAGAAGAAGGAGAAGAAGAAGAAAAAGGUAAAGAGGGAAGAAAAGGAGCAACCUCGAUGUCGACUUUAGUGUGCUGUGAGCCGGUCUCGGCCGGACGGCCGCGAGACAACCUCAAACUCGUUCUGAACCGCAGUUUGAGCGAACCAGGUCCACCGGCGACGUCCUCGUGCUUCCUCUCGUCGCCGACGUCGCCCGUAUCGCCAACUCCCUCGACUACCAGCAGCGUCGACAGUUGCAUCACCGACGUUAGCGGAAUAACCGACAUUGCCAGCAGCAUCAGCAGCACCAGCAGCAGUGGUAUCAACUGCAAUAGCAUUAGCAGUGGUAGCAGCACUACCAGUGGCCCCGGUACCAUCAUCAUCGAUAACGAACCUAUUAACACCGACGUACAUCGUCAUUAUCAUCAUCAUCAUUAUCAUCAUCAUCAUCUUCAUCAUCAUCAUUACCAUCAACACCAACUUCAUCCUCUCUCAGCAUCGAAACGUUGCAAGCUGGAGACGGUUAGCCUUCCCGCGAGUCCUUGCUCCGAGAGCAACAGUCUUCAAAAACAAUUAGUUCUCCAAAGAACCCGUACCAUAACACCCAAUGAGUUGGCUCAACGAAUUAUUGAACAUCCUACGAGCAGUCCUGUGCUCUUAGAUUGUCGGCCAUUUAUUCUCUACAACGUCAAUCAUAUUCGUGGUGCCAUCAACGUAAACUGUUCCGAUCGAUUCAAUAGACGACGCUUGCAACUGGGAAAAGCAACAUUGGCCGAUCUUGCUACUGCCAGAGAAGGCAAAGAAAUUCUACGAAGGAAACAAUAUAGAGAAGUUGUCGUUUACGACGACUGCACCGCCGAACUGGAGUACCUUCCUAUUCAACAUCCCUUGUUUCUGGUACUGGCUGCUCUCGUAGAGGACAAUCGAGAACCCGCUUUACUUAUCGGUGGACACAAAGAGUUCCACAGGCGCCAUCGCGAACUUUGCGAGGACACGCUUUUACCAUCCGGUGGUACCGGUAGCGGUUCUUCCGCAACCGUCAGCGGUUGUCCAAGUCCUGGUCCAGGUUGUUCGGUAUUAAGUCUUUCGGGGCCACCGACGCCACAACCGGCUGACAUCGAUAGCCAUCCUGCGUCCCGCGUUUUACCUUUUCUUUACCUUGGCAAUGGCAAAGAUGCUGCCGAUCUUCAACUCCUACGAGCCCUAGGGGCUACUAGGGUAUUAAACGUUACCUCUCAACUGCCAGGAUAUCACGAGGAAAGGGGAAUUACCUACAGGCAGAUACCUGCGUCGGAUUCCGGUCAUCAAAAUCUCAAGCAGUACUUCGAGGAAGCCUUUGACUUUAUCGAGGAAGCACGAAAAGCCGGUAGCAGCGUAUUGGUUCACUGUCAGGCUGGUGUAUCGCGUAGCGCAACGAUUGCAAUCGCUUACAUUAUGCGACAUAAAGGUUUAUCAAUGGUCGAAGCAUACAAAUUGGUGAAAAACGCACGACCGAUUAUCAGUCCGAAUUUAAACUUUAUGGGGCAGCUUCUAGAAUUAGAGCAGGGCCUAAGAGCGUCCGGUGGUGUUACUGGAACACAACAAACGGAAGAACCCAAGAGUUGCCAUCAGUGUCGUUGGAGUCAUCAGCAAAACAGUAGCGAGGAAGUCACUUCCGGUUGCAGCGUUUGAGAGAACGCAAGGCGCGUGUGCGCGCACACAAACAUACCAUACACGGUGGUACAUACACGCAACACCUCGCAAAAAAAAAAAAAA